UCCGCUGCUUAGGACUAAAUGGCUCCGAUGAGCUUCAGUUGCACUCAGAGGAAGUUUAUGUAGAUUAUUCUCAGGCCUCUCUCACAAACUAGUGUAAGAGUGAAUGUUUUCGCUCUGUCCACUCCAGCUCAGAAUCUUUGUAAGGGUAUGAACCAGGCGAAUGGCAUCGGACUGAAAUGCACGCCUCCUCUGAGUAAUAUCUGCCCGUUGAACCAGCAGGCCGAAUAUCACAACAUCACAUGGUGAGCGACACCUUAUUCUUCCUGUGUACACCAAGUGCAUGUCUGUGUGUACACCCUGUAUCUGAUCCAUCUUUACCCUGUAGCCAUGUCUCGGAUCCAAACCCUGACACACCUCCACAGCCGACCACAGAUCCCCCCAGCAGCAAUAAAACAUCUCACUCCUGUUAUUGCAGCGCUUUCUGUAAUACUACAAGCCAGUUUUAUACCACGAGAAUCAAUGUCACCAAUUCAGGGUUAAAUAUCACCAGCAUUAAAAGCUUGUUAUUACGACCUAAUCCAGAACAACCAUGCUCCCCACAGUCACUAUGCUACAAUUAUUCAAAGAUUUUACAGCACUACAAGGGCGCUCACGUGGAAUGCCAUGGCACCGAAGAAAAGCUGUACAUCUGCAUGGUGACUCUGGAGAUGUCUGGACCCGUCAACGUCAGCGCCCUGAAUAAACUUGUACAACAGAACAUUAACACAACAUCAAUGACUGUUGAAAGCCCACCCGCCCGCAUGAUGGUGUGCGGCCCACCUGGUUUAUCCGUGCAUGAUCUGUUGGCGUCCAACCUGACCUGGUUGCCCAGCAACAUGUCAGCCUCAGACAUUUGCCAACCUGAGAUCUUUGUAUUUGAAUGGUAACAAAUGUUUAAAAUGUAGGACCCCACACACUUAACUUAACUGUCUCAAUGAUGAAAAAUGUACAUACUACUGCUAAACAGAAUGGCAGAACCAGCCCGCAACUUCCGUCAACUCACAGGCGUGACUGGUCUUAAGGUGCUGCGUGGUGUCUUUGUGCCUGGCAGCGGUGCUUUGCCUGUCUA